CCAGGCAGUGAGUCGUAGCUGGAGGCUGCUCUUGUGCCAAUGACCCUUCCCAAUUCCUCCUACGUCUUAGAAGACAAGAUGUGUGAGACGAACAAGACCACCUUGGCCAGCCCCCAGCUGACACCCCUGGCGGUGGUCCUGAGCACUAUCUCCUUGGUCACAGUGGGGCUCAACCUGCUGGUGCUGUAUGCUGUGUGGCGGGAGCGCAAGCUGCACACUGUGGGGAACCUGUACAUCAUCAGCCUCUCGGUGGCAGACCUGAUCGUGGGCGCUGUGGUCAUGCCCAUGAACAUCCUCUACCUCCUCAUGGCCAAGUGGUCCUUGGGCCAGCCUCUUUGCCUCUUUUGGCUUUCCAUGGAUUAUGUGGCCAGCACAGCAUCCAUUUUCAGUGUCUUCAUCUUGUGCAUUGAUCGCUACCGCUCUGUCCGGCAGCCCCUCAGGUACCUGAAGUAUCGUACCAAGACCCGAGCAUCAGUCACCAUCUUGGGGGCCUGGUUUCUCUCCUUUCUGUGGAUUAUUCCCAUUCUAGGCUGGCACUACUUCAUACCACAGACCUCGGGGCACCGGGAGGGCAAAUGCGAGACAGACUUCUACGAUGUCACCUGGUUCAAGGUUAUGACCGCCAUCAUCAACUUCUACCUUCCCACCUUUCUCAUGCUCUGGUUCUAUGCUAGGAUCUACAAGGCUGUACGGCAACACUGUCAGCACCGGGAGCUCAUGAACGGAUCCCUCCCUUCCUUCUCAGAAAUUAAGCGGAGGCCAGAGAAUCCCAAGGCAUAUGCCAAGAAACCAGGGAAGGGGUCUCCCUGGGAGGUCCUGAAAAGGAAGCCAAAAGAUGCUGCUGGUGGGCCUGUCCUGAAGCCACCAUCCCAAGACUCCCAGGAGAUGAAACCCCCGGUUUUCUUCAUCCAAGAGGAGGAUGAAGAAGUGGCCAAACUUCACUGCUUCCCACUUGAUAUUGUGCAGGUGCGGACUGUGGCGGAGGGGAGUAGCAGGGGCUACGAAGACGUUGACCAGAGCCAGAGCCAUCUCAAGACUGAUGAACAGAGUCUGCACAUGCGAGGAGACAGUGAGAUAGCAGAGGAUCAGAUGCUGGAGGAUAGCCAGUCCUUCUCCCGGACAGACUCGGACAAUGCCACAGAGCCAGCACCGGACAAAGGCAAAAUGAGAAGCGGGUCUAACACAGGCCUGGAUUACAUCAAGUUCACUUGGAAGAGGCUGCGCUCACAUUCGAGACAGUACAUGUCUGGGUUGCACAUGAACCGUGAAUGGAAGGCUGCCAAACAAUUGGGUUUUAUCAUGGCAGCCUUCAUCCUUUGCUGGAUUCCUUACUUCAUUUUCUUCAUGGUCAGUGCCUUCUGCAAGAGUUGUUGCCACGAGCGUGUGCACAUGUUCACUAUCUGGCUGGGCUACAUCAACUCCACGCUGAACCCUCUCAUCUACCCCUUGUGCAAUGAGAACUUCAAGAAGACAUUCAGGAAAAUUCUGCACAUUCGCCCCUAAGAGAGCCUCUGAGGGAUGAAGCAGAGUGACACUUAGGAGGUCCGAGAGGGAAGUGGAGGAGGAAGGCCUGCGUGUUGCCAGGCACCUGGGCUUGCUGGAGUCAAAACCACAGUCUCAGGGGCUGCAUAGUGUGGAAAGUUCGUAGGCACCACUGGAAGAGCAGCAGAUGGUCAGCAGAGAGAUUGAACUGUGAGUAGAAAACAGAAUAUUUGCAAGAGAAGCAGACCCGGGUGGAGCUCUACUGCCCCCCUGGAAAUGUGGGAACCUUAGACUCUUGUUGUAAUUCAAGCUUUCAGACUCAAACUGAAGGGACAGAGUUCCACUGGAGAAUUAAAUAGAACUCUUGAGCCUUCCUGGAAUGGAGCUAUAUGAUUGUGCUGAGACCUUAUACAUGCAGAUGGAUGCUGCCCCUUCCAGGGGUCACCUUGAGAGACAUGACACUAUUCCACUGUGGCUGCCACUUCUCAGAACACCUCUCUUCUGAGUGUCUUUUGCAGCUUUCUCUGGGACUAGUGUCUGAACCACCUUGAAAAUCCUGUCUUAUUAUUUGUCACUCAUGCAUGUUUUAGAGUUGAUAGGAAAUUAUGCAGUUUGCACAUCUGUCAUUCUCAACCCAAAAUUCCUUUUGGCUAUUAAAAAUUGGUGGCCAAACGUCCCUCAAAAUAAAGAGAAAAGACAUAUUUUUGAAUGGCAGCAUGUACACAUUUUAAAAAGGAUAGAGGAGGGAGAAAGUCAUAUUUUUUUGAGGGUAGUACCAGGUUUAUCUCAUUUAAGCGCCAUGACACCCCACAAUGGAAGGAUGGUGUUACUAGCUCCAGUUUGCAGAGGAGCAAACUGAGGUGCAGCAGGGUGAAAUGAAGUGUCCAAGGUCACACAGCUAGUUAUGAGAGAAAGUUAGAAUGAAAACCUUGUGGGGUUAUAGCUCAUUGUAACAUAUUUUCUCCAUAAGACAAAAAUGUGUCCUAUUAAGUGUGCACACAAACAUGUGCAGGUACACACACACACACACACACA